AGGAGGGGAAGGCUUUAGCCGGAAGUGUCUCGCGACUCGUCUGGCUGUCAUUUAGCUUCGGUCGGUUCUUAGAAGGGCAGCGGUAAAGAAACGGAGUAUAAAGAAGAAAAAAAAUAGAAAGCGAUACAAAUAGAAAAUGAAACCAACAGAGUAGCAUAAAAUCUGUACAUUAAUAUUUCCAUGUGAACACUAUAUUUUAGUGAACCCAGGGACCGGCCGAUGACGUAAUUGGUGUUUUUAAAAUAGUUAAAAAAUACGAUAAGAUAAGGCUGCGUCAUUGAGAAGUCAGCACUAGGGAAGACGGAAAUAUUUAAAUAAAUCCUAUAUUAUAAGAAAACAGUACAACAGCAAAAAAUUAUCACGGAUUUCUAGUUUGCGGAGGUAAAAUUGGAACGGGCUCGUCAGAGACGUCGCAUUUAUAGAAAAAAGGACGAAAAGAAGGUGAAAGAAGUGUCUUUUACAGAAAGCUUGAGUUGGGGUUUUAAAACAAAUAGUCUAAUAACAUAUUUAUGUAAGCGUUUUUGUUAUUUAUUUCUGUGGACAAAAACUGGCCUAAAUCCUGAACAAACAGAAGACGUCAUCAAAAUUUUCUUGUAUUUAAAUGGCGUGUCAGGAUAAGGUGUUUGCUUAAAAAUAAAGAAAACACGAAAAGGGCGAAAAAGAAACUGAACAAAAAAAUACUGUCUUGUGGGAAUAAUUUUUUGGAAAAGAUAAAUGGGGGAUUACGGGUUUGGAGUCUUAGUACAAAAUAACACUGGUAAUAAAUCGGCUUUCCCAGUAAGAUUUCAUCCACAUCUGCAACCUCCACAUCAUCAUCAUCAAAAUGCAUCACCAAGUCCGGCUGCUUUUAUAAAUAAUAACACAGCUGCCAAUGGCAGUAAUGCUGGAUCAGCUUGGCUUUUUCCUGCAGCAACUACCCACAGCAACAUGCAAGAUGAAAUUCUGGGUUCCGAAAAAUCCAAAGCCCAACAGCAGCAACAGGAAAUACAAGAAACACAAGAAAAACAGCAGCUAUCUCCCAGCCAUCAGGAAACAGGUAUCAUAUCUGAUCUUGAAAAGGCAAGACCAGAGGAAAAUAAAGGGGAAAAUAGCUCCCCGGAAAACAGCAAUGGGAAGGAGAAAUUAAGAAUUGAGUCCCCAAUUUUAACAGGAUUUGAUUAUCAAGAGACUUCAGGGCUCGGGACUGCUGCACAGUCCACCACCUCUUCUACUUCCUCUCUGACCGGUUUUAAUAACUGGUCAGCGGCUGUCCCGCCCACCUCUUCCACAAUCAUUAAUGAAGAUGUUAGUUUCUUUAACCCUGCUGCCUCUGCUAAUAAUGGGCCUCUGCUGUUUCAGAAUUUCCCACAUCAUGUCAGCCCCGGCUUCGGUGGCAAUUUUUCCCCACAGAUCGGACCCCUUUCACAGCAUCACCCACCCCACCCACAUUUCCAGCACCCUCACAACCAACAUCAACAGCACAGGAGGUCUCCUGCUAGCCCCCACCCUCCCCCUUUUCCACACAGGAAUGCUGCUUUUAACCAGUUGCCACAUUUGGGAAACAAUCUCAGUAAACCGCCCUCUCCAUGGGGCAGCUACCAAAGCCCCUCACCUACCCCCUCCUCCACUUCAUGGAGCCCUGGUGGUGGGUAUGGUGGCUGGGGAGGUUCCCAGGGUCGGGAUUACCGCAGGGGUCUCAAUGGUGGGAUGACACCCAUUAACUCCAUCUCCCCCUUAAAGAAGACUUUCCCAAACAGCCAUAUGCCAUCGCAGAAGUAUUCCAGGACAAGCCCAGGCUUUACCCAGAAAUCCUGGAUGGAGGAGAGCAUGAGCCGGAGUGAGAAUGUAUUCCCAUUUCAGGAGCGUACAAGGUCAUUUGAUGGUUUCAACAUGCACUCUUUGGAAAAUUCCUUGAUUGACAUUAUGAGGGCUGAACAAGACUCGCUAAAAGGUCGCUUAGGCUUCUCGCACCCAGGAGCAGACAGUCCUUUGCCGAUUAAUGCAAGGACAUAUGGGAGACGGCGAGGUCAUUCAUCCUUGUUCCCGAUGGAAGAUGGCUUUCCUGAUGAUGAUCGUGCAGAACAAGGUCUCACUGGGUUAGGUUCUCCACACUGCUUUCCCCACCAGAAUGGAGAGCGAGUUGAACGUUAUUCACGCAAAGUAUUUGUUGGAGGCUUGCCUCCCGAUAUUGAUGAAGAUGAAAUUACAGCUAGUUUCAGAAGAUUUGGCCAUCUUUUUGUGGAUUGGCCUCAUAAAGCAGAAAGCAAGUCUUAUUUUCCUCCAAAAGGUUAUGCAUUCCUCCUUUUCCAAGAUGAGAGCUCUGUGCAAGCUCUGAUCGAUGCCUGUAUUGAAGAAGACGGAAAGCUCUACCUUUGUGUUUCCAGUCCAACCAUUAAAGAUAAACCAGUUCAGAUUCGCCCAUGGAAUCUUAAUGAUAGUGAUUUUGUGAUGGAUGGCUCCCAGCCUCUGGACCCAAGGAAGACUAUUUUUGUUGGUGGUGUUCCACGCCCAUUGCGUGCUGUGGAACUUGCCAUGAUAAUGGACAGGCUGUAUGGAGGGGUCUGCUAUGCUGGAAUUGACACAGAUCCAGAGCUGAAAUACCCCAAAGGAGCUGGGCGGGUCGCCUUUUCUAAUCAACAGAGUUACAUUGCUGCUAUCAGUGCUCGGUUUGUGCAGCUGCAGCAUGGAGAAAUUGAUAAACGGGUGGAAGUGAAGCCAUAUGUCCUUGAUGAUCAGCUGUGUGACGAAUGUCAGGGGACCCGCUGUGGUGGGAAGUUUGCCCCGUUCUUCUGUGCCAAUGUUACCUGUCUUCAGUAUUACUGUGAAUAUUGCUGGGCUGCUAUUCACUCACGUGCUGGCAGGGAGUUCCACAAGCCACUGGUAAAGGAGGGAGGGGAUCGCCCUCGGCAUAUUUCAUUCCGUUGGAAUUGAAAGGUGCACUGUCGUCUUGAGCUGCAAAUGUCAUACAAAUAAAUGCACUUUUCUGUUGCUGGUUCCUUUUUACAUGUCCCAUUUCUUAAAACUGGAAUUCUAUAUUGAAGUGAGUACAUGUCAAGUAAUCCUGUUUACCUUUUACUCAAUGUGAUAUAUAAUCAUACACAUGGAUAGUUCAAUACAUUAAGUCAUACUCCCUUUUUGAGACUUUAGAUCCCUGUGUAAUGAACCUUCCAGAAACCGAUCUGGCAUACCUUAAGCAUGAUAAAUAGAGGCACUUUUAUACAUGUGAAAUAAUUUCCUCAUAAGGCAAGGGCUUUUUUCCACUUGUGAUGUAUUAGGUUGCCACUGUCAUUUGUUCCAGUAACUUGUCAAAUAUGUCUCUAAAUUUACUUGGGGAGGGGGACGUACGACGACAAAACGAUUAAUUUGAAAUUUUUUGGAAAGACAUUUAAAACAUAAAUAAAUAAACCCUAAUUAAUUUAAUAAAAAUAUUAAUGAAAAAGAGUUAUUGACUUGGCAUAGAAGUAUAAAAGGUUUCUUGCUGGAGAUGGGUGCACUUAUUUUUGUACCUUUUAGGAUGCAGAUUUGAGAAUAAUUGCCCCAGUAGUUAACCAAAGCUUGAGAAAAUUGCAGACUGGUGUUUUCUUUCUUACAGUACAUCCUAAUGCUAGAGCUUACUUGGUGUACUAGCUGUUAACUUUUGUUCUCCAUUUUGACAUGCAAAACCUAAUACCUCGAGCUUUGCUGCUAAUGUAUUGAGUAUGGAGUGAACAACUGUCUAUUCCCCCUCAUAAAUGAACACAAUAAAAAAGGGAAAAGGAAUCAGCACAAAGCUGUACUUUUAAAAAUGCAUUUCCAGUUGCAUCUUUUGUAUGGAUAGAAUUGCAGGCGGGGUUAGAAAUUAACAGUUUCUACAGGUUGUACACUCACCUUUUUUAAAAGAAAAAAAAAAGGAAUAAGAAAUGUACUAGCUACAAAGAGUACUUACCAAAAUUAAAGUUUUAGUGUGUUCAGGAAAAAAAGAAAAUAAUGUAUUAGCUCCCAGUAUUUUUUUUACCGUGGUGUUAUUCAGUAACUGCUAAUUUUAUGCCCUUGUCUCUGUGUGUAUUUGUGCAGAUUUCCCACCCUUUUUAUGCUAUUUAAAUUAUUUUUUUAUAAUUUUAUUUAAUGCAGGAAAUACACUGACAGAAAAAAAAUUAUAUUAAGUGGAAAAAAAAUACAAAUUAAAAAAAAAAUAAAAAAUGAAACCCGCCACCUUCAUAAUCUUCUAGUGCCAACAUUCUUGAGACUAAUGCAUGUUUUAGUAUAACUAAUGUAUAGCAUGUGAUACAAAAUAAAUAUUCCUGUUGUUGCAUGCUUUGCAGGUUGGCUUGUAAUAUUUCUAGCCACUUGCCAGUUAUUCACUCAAAGUAAGACUGCAAUAAAGAGGUAAUACCUAGUGACUUUAGGGAACUCCAACCAAAGAUGGUUGUGCAGCAGCGAGACAGAAGUCAUAACUGUUUUUCUUAUCAUGAUGUUCUGAUGGACUCCAGCAAACCAAAGAUUGCCUCAAAUUGUUAAUGAACAGUCCGAGACCUUGAACAUUGCAGUAUAACUAAUAAUUUAAAAGCAGAGGCAUUUUCAGAAUAAACCCACAAAGUUCCAAAAGUCAAAAUGGAGACAUUUCUUGCUAGACAGUUAGGUGUAUUAGGAAAAAAAAAACUGCAUUAGCUGAACAGAUAUGAGGGAAAAAGAAUUGCUUAUAAUAGUGUUGGUAUUGCAGUAGUAUAGUAGGAUCUGAAACGUGCUUACAUAUAACUUGUCAGGGAUUAUAGUGCUGAUAUAACAUAUUAAUAUAGUGAAAUAUUAUCCUUCUGUUGGCUUGGUGGUGUGCAGUUACACCAUUUCUAACAUAACUUAAGUUUGUGGUGUGGUGGGUUAACAUUUUAGUAGUACAACACUUUUUGAAGAAUUUGCUGUUAAUGAGAAAAAUAAUUAUUUUAUACAUGGCCUGCUGAUUUUUUGGUACAGUGGUUUUCUAGCUAAAUUAUUUUGUCAUGCACAUAUAUACAUUUAUUAUGCACUACUUUUCUAUAUCUUUUUUUUCCAACAGUCAUUUUAGGCACAUUUUUUCACAAAUGGGAAAACAGCUUUUGCAAUACCUCAAUUUUUCACAUUGUGAAGGGUAGCUUUUGUACUUUUGUUACGGAGAGAUCUGCAUAUAUGGUAAACUUCAUUUUAAAAUUGAAUAAUUUUAAUAUAUAUUAUUUUCAAUUCCGCUUUUUAUACAUUUCAGUGCUGAGGAAACUUUUUAAGCUAAUAAACGUGCACUGGCCGUGCCGUUUUAGAAUUUGCAGAGGAGAGAUCGAACGUGUAUCGUUAUUGAAAAUCCUAUAUCUUUUUCACUAGAUGUUGCUAUAUAAACUGAAAAAAUAUCUGGUCUUAAAGCAUGACAAGAAUAAGUUGCUGUUUUAAACUAAUAUUUCUUAACAUGUAUUCAGCACCUGGCUAUAUUAAAGUAACCCAUUUUUGGCUCCUUCACUAAUGGAAGCUGAAAUAUAUAUGUAUAAGAAAAAAAUUAAAACAAAGAAAACAAAUUGGUAAAUGUUAAGCUGUUUCUUGUACCACAAGAAUGGAUGUUAGGUGUUUAAAUAUUUUAAAUUUAAAAUAUAUAUUCUUGAACUGCCAAUUAGCUGAUAUUGUAAUCCUUAGCAUGCAUGAAAAAAAAAUACAACAAAAGAUUAGCUUUUAAAAUGAAUUGUCGUGGUUGUGAUACAGACGUGUUUAUAAACUUUAAUUUCUUAAGGACCCCUCCAUGUGUUAAUCUAUAUGCCUUCUCCAUACACAGACCUCUGCGGAAUGCACAAAUAAAACUCUAAAAAAUUUUGCAGUGCAGGAAUUGAGCAUUUUAAAGGACACUGUUGGAAAGACUUGAUAAUUGUCCCCUUUGUGUUGAAGAACUAAACCUUUCAUGAAAGGGGAUUUAAGACUUGAAUGUGGUAAAUGUUGCAAGUUAACUUUCGAGUUGUUAUGUGCAAUACUUUUUUUGAACUUUUUCAAAAAAGAAUCUUUGCAAUGUAAUUCUUUAAUGCCAUUUAAUUGCAGACAUUUAAAAAGAUGUUAAUAUGUUUUUCACAGUCAUUUUCUACUGUUAGUGUAAUCCUUUUCAUGCUGGUGUUUGUAAAAAAAAAAUCUAAAUAUUUGUACUAAUAUAAAUUGAAGUUAUUUUUAAAACAUUAAAAGUUUUGUGCUCAUUUGCUUAUUUUGUUACUUUAUUUUAAGCUGAUGUGAUUGAUAGCAUUGUAAUUAUUAGGUCAAUAAUGUAUUUAGCAGUUUUAUUGGUAUAUUUUUAAUUGGAAUGUAAUUAAUUUUUAUAAUUUUGAUCAGAAUUUGUUAUAUUUUUGAGGUGAAGCUUUUAAUAUGUUAGUGUCUAGUUUUUACUAAUUGCUAUAUUGUGCUCAACAAUAUAUGGUUCACAUUUUCAGAAGGAAAAGAUAUUUAAAUAUUUGUCUGUUAAUGAUGUUACUUGAUGGCAAAAUUUCAGUAGUUUUUAACUGUGUAUGGGAAGGUUGUUGUAUUUAUUAAUAGCAUUUUUUACUUAAGAUAUCACAUUAAUUUUUAUUAUGUCAUUUCACAUUUAUAAGUUCCUAUUUUUGUAUUUCUUUCUAAUUAAGUUAUGUAAUACAAAUGUCCUUUUUUCUAGAGUUGGUCUGUAAAAGUGCUAGUGAAAAGAAAAUCUAAUGUUAUUAAAUUGUUUGCAGCCAACUAUUUAUAACAGUAUGCAUACUUUUUAAAUAUUUGUAAUGUGAAAUGUUGAAUGAAUAAAACUUAACUGUGAAAGGCAGAA